GAGGGGCGGACGGAGGGGAGGCCGGGCCGCGGUGCUGGCGGGGCUCCGCAGCUCCCCUGGCCUCGCCGGGUCGUUCUCGCCCGCCGGGCUCUCAGCCGCCUCCCGUUUGUCCCCAGGCAUGGUUGCCGCGCUGUAGGACGGCCGGGAGCCGCGGCGAUGGAGGAGAGCGCUUGAGCUUGUCUGCGGAGGCGUUCCGUGUGUGUGAGACGUAGCCAUGGUGUCAUGGAAGGGGAUGUACUUUGCACUUGCACUAUUCUUGGGAAGUUUCUUUGGAAGUAUAUUCAUGCUGGGCCCUUUUCUGCCUUUGAUGUUUAUCUCGCCAGCCUGGUACCGCUGGAUCACCGACUGCAUUGUGGCCACUUGGCUCACACUCCCUGUGGCCUUGCUGGAAAUGGUGUGUGGUGCCAAGGUGGUUGUCACUGGAGAUGGAUUUGUUCCUGGAGAAAGGAGUGUCAUUAUCAUGAACCAUCGCACACGAAUGGACUGGAUGUUCCUGUGGAACUGCCUGCUGCGAUACAGCUACCUCAGACUUGAAAAAAUCUGUCUCAAAUCCAGUCUCAAAAGCAUUCCGGGAUUUGGCUGGGCGAUGCAGGUUGCAGCCUUUGUUUUCGUUCAGAGAAAGUGGGAAGAUGACAAGAGUCACUUCGAAAAAAUGCUGGAUUAUUUCUGUGACAUUCGUGAACCACUACAACUCCUCAUCUUUCCAGAGGGAACUGAUCUCACAGACAAUACCAAAGCCCGCAGUAAUGAAUUUGCUGAGAAGAACGGACUUAAAAAAUACGAGUACGUCUUACACCCACGAACGACCGGAUUCACCUUUGUGGUUGAGCGUCUAAGGGAAGGUGACAACCUCGAUGCCAUCCAUGACAUAACCGUGGCGUACCCCCAAAACAUUCCUCAGACAGAGAAGCACCUUUUGAAAGGAAACUUCCCAAAGGAGAUUCACUUCCACGUCCAGAGAUACCCCAUAGAGACAGUGCCCACUUCCAAGGAGGAGCUGCAGCUUUGGUGCCGGCAGCGCUGGGAAGAGAAGGAGGAGAGACUGCGGCGCUUCUACGAAGGUGGAAGAUGCUUCAGUGCAGCUGGGCAAAGCAUUGUCCCACCCUGCAAAUCCGAGCUCAGGGUCCUGGCGGUGAAGUGCGCCUCCCUCCUCUACUGGACGGUGUUCCCGCUGGGAAUGCUGGUGCUGCUCUACCUGUACAGCUUUGCACAGUGGUACUUUGCAGCCAUGAUCGUCUUUUUCGUUGUGCAGCAAAAGAUAUUUGGUGGGCUGGAACUCAUUGAACUUGCUUGCCAUCAGUAUUUUAAAAAGCAACAGAAAUUUCAUGAUGCGAAAGUAAAAAUCAAUUAGUUCUGGGGUAGAGGAAGGGUAGUUUUGGGAUGCCCUGCAAAUUUUAUGCACAGGGAACAAUUUUUGCAUGAGAAGUGUCUUUUACUAUCGCCAUUGUUAGACGUUUGCACAUGAUUCUGUGAAGAGAAGGAAAAAUGUUAGUUAUUGCUACGCGUGAAAAUGGUAGUUUUUAAUCUCUGAAUGUAAUUUCAACAUUGCUCUCACAAGCAGCUAGCAGCUGCAUUCUGCUGUCAUUGAGAAACAAAUUGCUGGAUUACUGAACAAUCAUAAGGACAUUAAUAAAUGUGACAUGCACUGAAGUUUCAUGUAGAAACCCAAACAGUUCAGCAAAGAGAGGCAGAUGUAUGAUUUCUUUAGAGUCACGUUGGUGUGAAGUUAGCACCGAAUUUGGAAAACUGGUAAGUUUUGAUGGUUGAUGAAAGUUGAAGGAGAAGUUGUUCUGUUUCUUUUUUCUAUUUAAAAUACUCAAACUUAUUUUGUAGUAAUAUUUUUGCAUAAGCUUUUCCAAACACUACUGAACCUACCACCUAUUCAACUAUUCUGGCUUGGUCACUCAGGAGGAUUUUUAUGCCUUGCAGUCUUGUGUCAUACUGCAGAAAGCAGUACAGUGCUCACUCUGCCUCCAGUGCUGAUUAUUUAAUAGACCUGUGCAGUUAAGUUUUUAUCUCUCACUGUUUCAUACUGUUCUAGUCUCCCUGUUAGCUGUGGGAGACUUGUUCCUACUGUAGUAUGCAGAGCUGCAGGAUAGAGGAGCUGGUUUUUUGUUGGUUUAUUGGUAUUUUUUUCUCACAGAGGCAAAAAUAGCUGUUUGUCUCUGAGUAACUGGAAAAUGCUUAUAAAAAAGGCUUCCUUGUAUCCUCGUAGACAUUCUUUGGUUGAAAACAUUUUAUUUAGUUUUCAAAGUAGGAAAGAUAGGUUUUUUCUUUUUUAAAUUUUUCGUAGUAUUAAUUUUGGUUUUCACGUUGCUUCCUUUGGCAUUUCAUGUGUCCAUGUACACAAGCAGGACGACUGCUUGUUUCUUGCAUGUCAGGCAGACCUGUUGAAGUGCAACAGUUCUCUCCUUGGUGGUACAAGAGGUGGGUUUGAGUUUUAGACUUAGCCCAGGGAAGAGCUGGGUGUGAGUUUUUUGGACUUAGCACAGGGAAGAGCUGCAUCUUCCCUUUGCAUACUGGCUUUGUUUCCUGAUGACAUCCUUACUUUCUCAACCUCCUUCACGACUUUUGGUACUUUCCCUUAUUUUCAUGACAUUCACAAAACCUGAAGUCUUAAACUCAGACAAGGCACUUUGAAGUGCAUCCCUUGUCAUAUAUAAUAAAAGUAAUGUUCAUGCUCACCUAGAAAAAGACAAAUACAUUGCCAGCACUUUGGAGAUACUUCAAGUCUUCAGGUUGAAUUGUUUUGCAACCUCCAAAAUUUUAGACAAAUUGAACAAUUGCAUUGCUGCAAAACCUUCCUGACUUACUAAAUAUUUGUUUUUUAUUGCAUGAGGGCUUGUUUGAGCUGGACCCAGAUGGCCUGGCUCUGUUUGGUGGGUGGUGUUGAUGUGAAAUGUGAAAGUCCAGAGUGCAAACUGUACCUCGUACUGUGCUGCGUGUCUCAAGUGUUGGGCUGGCAUGGUGGACACACCUGUUUGCUCCUAAAUUACAACACUAAGCAUGUUGUCUAAUGAGUUUGUUUUAAAGACCAUUUUUUGGACAAAUCACCAGCCUCUAUUCAACUGUCCCUUGCAAGGUGACAGGUCUUUUUUAAUCUGUGCUUAUAAUAACUAAUUGUUUAUUAUGCGGAAAGUACUUGAAGCCAUCUGGUUUACUCCAAAUUUUUAAAUCCCUUUUUUCUUAAAAAUAAAUGAAAGUAGGUUUAUAUUUAGAGUUAUAUUGCUUAAUGAUUUUUUCGUGUUUGUAUUUGUGUACCUGACAACCGGUGUUGCAUUGUCAUGAGUGGAAGGAGGUCUUUUUUUAAAGCAGUUCUGUGAUCUCACAGGCAUGGUUGCAGCUUAAACUUCCAUAGCCUGUCUUCUCUUCAACCAAUACCCUGCACAUUCAGGUAACCCACUGCAAGGGAAAAUCUGAAAACCUCAUUUGUGGUUAAUGCAGAAGAGACCUAAAAGGCUUCUUCCAGUCUGUCCUGAGCCACAGCUGUGCUUUCAUACCAGGAGUAACCGUAGCCAGCCUACUCCAAUAGCCUUAACAUCAUCUUCAGGAGUGACUUCAGAGGACAGGUUCCAUGUGUUGGUGACAUAAAACACCAGCUAUGCUUUUCUUGGUCGUUCAGAGAACUUUGUGGUGUCAUCAGAUGUCCAGGAACAUCAGUGUGAGUCUUGGUCAUGGCACGGUUCAGGAUUUAUGUCUCUGUGUAAUUCAAGUUGGGCUCUGAAAAUGAAGUCAAUGCAAUCCAUCACUGACCCUUACAAGGGAUUUCUUCCCAGCUGGAGUCAAACAUGUAGCCUACUGUAAUGUGGUAAAAACAUCCUGCAAAAUCUGUCAUUCAUCUUCCUCCCUCAUGUGUUUGGAUCAAAGAGGAAGAAUAAUCUGCUUUUCAGCUGGUAAUGUCAUAUUUGCAAUGCCCAACUCCAUGAUGCAGAGUGAGUGGUAAGUGAAGAAUCCUCCUCCAUAUGUUUGAUGUAGAUGUUUAGAUUAUGUGCAUCAUUUUUCAGAUCAAUUAGAAAUGCAAGAUGGGAAAAAUGUUGAAUAAAAACUAAAAGUUUUAUGGAUGGAGAAGCUUCUUUAUUUAAAAAGUGAUUAAGGAAUGGGGGAAGGAUUUUUCUGUGAAUGCUUUUUUCCCCUCUGGUGAAAAUGUAGCUUUUUAAUCAAAAGGUUCUGAUGCACAGAUUUCUUGGAGACUACUUUGUUUCUAGCCUGUCUCCCUUUUCAAAGAUCACAAAGUUGGCAUUUAAGGACGUGGUUUAGUGGUGGACUUGGCAGUGCUGGGUUUACAGUUAGACUCAGUGAUCUGUUCUCACCUAAAUCAUUCUGUGAUUCUGUGCUGGGUGAAUCACUUGGAUAAUUCUUCAGUGCUGUUGGGAUAAAGGUGCUAGUCCUCCAGGAGUCCCAUAGCCCUCUUCCAUGGGACAUGGAUUGGCUCUGGGUCUCAUCUCAGUAGCAGGUUUGUCCCAGUUCACCUCCUCUUGUAGUGCCAGCAGCUGCCCCUCUGAGCUCUGUCUGCAGGGCCUGCAGUCUUGCUGGGUCUUGCAUGCAUUGUUUGGGAUCAAUGCUCUGCUUUAAGGAGGCUGCUCCCCUUUGCUCAAUCAAAUGUUUCCUCAUCAGCAUCAGGGGGUUUCUUUCUCUCGCUCAGAACAGAAGGUUGAAACCGUGCUGUCUCUGUGUCAUCAGGCUCAUCUGGGUAGCGGGAUGUCAGACCAAGACGUUUUUCUCUUGACUUCAAAGCUGCAAGGCCCAAAGCUGGUCUGUAAGGUGUUGUCUUAAUCAUAGGAAAUGUAGUUCCUAGUUUUGUGCAUUUCAUCAAUCGGUGUUGUUUAAAAAAGAUCUGUGUUUUGAUAACUUGAUUUUAUAUGUGCACUGUGUGAAAGGAAACACCAGGACACUACAAACCUACAGAAAGCCUUAGUUUUCAGAUUUCACUGAUGAUAUUAUUAGAAUGUUUUAACCAUGUACCAGUUACUCUACAGCAACAAUAAAGACCUGAAGCAUUGCAUGUGUUUAA